AUGGAGCAAAGUGAACGCGACCUGUUGGAGGAAGCCAACAAUGUCACCACCUUGGGCGAAUAUUUCGCGUGGGUGCAACGGUGUGACGAGUAUAUUGAACAAUCGGAAGGACAAAGUCGUGCUAAGCGUCCGCGGCUAUCUAUCGGCAAUAGACAAUCGUUAGUGGCUCGAAUCGUGCGGCUCGAGGGGGUGAAGAAGCGUUUGGAAAGGCGCUUUAUACAUUUCGGUGGUGAUUACGCCGAACAACCUUCCAGCGCGAAACUCUCUUGGCGAGAGAUUGAGACUGCGUUUGAAAACCGUGUACUAACCGGCGCGGUGAUUAAUGAAGACUACGUCGACCUGCGACAAUUCCUGGAAGCUGCCCGUGAUGUAGUGCUGGAGCAUGUGCGGAACGCUAUUGACAGAUACAACAGCGUAAAAGUGAACACAGUGUUCAACGGAGAGUUCGUGGCAGGUGAGAAGACCGCUAAUAAGAGUAUAAACACGAAAAAUCGUGGCCUCUUCUCUACGUCUGAUCUGCAAGAAUGGUACGAGCAAUACUACAAUCCCUUGCACGCGGGGUGUUACAUCACAUUACCGGAGGAGAUCAAGACGAAGAGAGCAGUGGUUAACGUGCAAUCGAUGGACAAUGCAUGUUUCGCGUGGUCGGUGGUCGCCGCUCUGUAUCCGGCGGAAAGAAACGCGGAACGCGAAUCUUCGUACCCGCACUACACAACGGUGCUGAAUCUCCAAGGCAUAGAGUUUCCAAUGUCAAUGAAAAACAUUGCGAAGUUUGAACGUCUGAACGACAUUUCCAUAAACGUGUUCGGUACCGAGGAACAGAAUAAAAAAAUAAAUGUGUUGCCGCUACGACUCACCGAUGAGAAGAAAGCUAAGCACGCGAAUCUGCUGUACGUGCAAGAUGCGCAGAACAACAACGUGGGACAUUUCACAUGGAUCAAGAAUCUAUCCCGCUUGGUGAGCUCCCAGAUAAAUAAGCAGAACAGGCAAAAAUACAUUUGUGAUCGAUGCCUGCACUACUUCUACACUAAGGAGAAGUUAGAGGCCCACACCGUGGAUUGCCAACAGCUGAACGACUGCGCAAUCGUUCUACCAAACGAAGAGGACAAGUGGCUAACAUUCACCAACUACAACAGGAAGGAGCGAAUGCCGUUUGUAGUAUAUGCAGACCUUGAAUGUGUAUUGCAGAAGACGGAGGAGGACGACCCGAAACUGUACCAGCGUCAUCAGGUAUCCAGUAUAGCGUAUUACGUGCGAUGCUCCUACGACGAAGCGUUAUCCGGGUACCGAUCCCGUCGCGAUAAGGAGUGCGUGUCAUGGUUCGUUGAACAACUAAAAGAGUUAGCGUAUCGCGUGAAAGCGAUUUUGUCGAGAAAUGUCCCCAUGAUAGAAUUAACGCGAGAUGAGCGCGAAAAAUUUAACAACGCAACGCAGUGUCAUAUCUGCGAGAAACUGUUCACGUCAGAUGACACGCGGGUUCGCGAUCAUUGCCAUCUCACCGGUCAGUACAGAGGUCCCGCGCAUUCUAAUUGUAACUUAAAUUACAAAGAUUCGCAUACCAUUCCAAUAGUGUUCCAUAAUUUAUCCGGCUACGACGCGCAUUUUAUCAUUACGGAAAUAGCCACCGCCAGUAGCCUGGAUAAAUUGUCAUCAUUUCUCAGUAAAGAUAAACUUAAAACGUUACGAUCCGAAUUUGCGCACCUCUCUACCGACGACUUUCAGUUAUUGACACGAAAGGGCGUGUUCCCUUACGAGUACGUGGACUGCGCCGAUAAAUUAGAGGAUACUCGCUUACCGCCGCGCGAAUCGUUUUUUAGUUCCUUAACGGGUGUCAUGGUAUCCGAGAGCGAUUACGCGCACGCUGUCAACGUGUUGCAACGGUUCGCCAUUCGAACGUUAGGCGAGUACAGCGACCUAUAUCUAAAAACGGAUGUCUUGUUGUUGGCCGACGUAUUUGAAAAUUUCCGCGAUAGCUGCAUAAAGAGUUACGGUCUUGAUCCCGCAUACUAUUACACUUUGCCCGGUUUUACGUGGGACGCGAUGCUCAAGCAUACGCGUAUCAAUUUUGAAUUGUUAACUGAUAUCGACAUGGUCAUGUUCAUAGAACGCGGUAUACGCGGCGGCCUAAGUCAGUGUUCGCAUAGGUACGCGCAAGCCAACAAUAAGUACAUGCAGUCGUAUGAUCCAUCGAAACCUUCAUCUUACCUAAUGUACUUUGAUGUUAAUAACUUAUACGGCUGGGCAAUGUGUCAACCACUGCCCUAUGCCAAUUUUCGAUGGGUCAACGACAUUUCCAAUUUUAACGUAAACGUGAUUGCUCCGGAUUCGCCAAAAGGGUACGUACUCGAAGUCGAUCUCGAGUAUCCGCGGCAUCUCCAUGACGCGCACACUGACCUGCCGUUCUGUCCGACGCGCGAUAAGCCGCCAGGCAAACGGCAGGAUAAGUUGUUCGCAAUUUUAUACGACAAGAAACGGUACGUCAUCCAUUACCGCAACUUGCAACAGUGUACGCGUCACGGUCUUCGCGUCACAAAAAUCCAUCGCGUAUUAGAAUUCGCGCAAUCUCCAUGGCUCCGCGAUUAUAUUGAACUAAAUACACGAUUUAGAACGGCCGCUACCAACGAUUUCGAGAAAAAUUUAUACAAAUUAAUGAACAACGCGGUAUUUGGAAAAACCAUAGAGAACGUGCGCAAUCACGUAGAUGUUAAACUUUUAACGAAAUGGAACGGACGAUUCAGCGCGGAGGCAAUGAUCGCGAAACCCAAUUUUCAUAGUCGUAGUGUCUUUUCAUCAAACCUGGUCGCGAUCGAGAUGCGUAAGCUCGAGGUGAAAUUCAACAAAUCGAUCUACGUAGGUAUGUGCAUCCUCGACAUAUCCAAGGUCUGUUUGUACGAGUUUCACCACGAGUACAUGUUACCGUUAUAUCACGACAAAUGCAAGAUCAUGUACACAGAUACCGAUAGUUUAAUUUAUCAUAUUGAGUGCGAGAACGUGUACGAACAAAUGAAAUGCGACAUUGCGCGAUUUGACACCAGCGAUUACGCGUCCGACAACAUUUAUGGAAUACCGCUCAUGAAUAAAAAGAUACCAGGUCUUAUGAAAGAUAAGAACAACGGCGCGAUAAUGACGGAAUUCGUGAGGCUCAGAGCGAAAAUGUACGCUGUGAAAGUAGACGGUAAAAAGGGUACCAAAAAGGCGAAAGGUGUUAAGAGUAACGUAGUCGCACGAAAAAUAACUUUUGAUGAUUGCGUGCAGUGUUUGAGGGAAAAGAUUAAAAUGAGUCGAGAUCAGUCCCGUAUAACAUCGCAGCUGCACAAAGUGUACACCGUUCGCGAGACGAAAAUCGCUCUGAGUCCGUACGACGAUAAGCGCUAUGUCGUACCCGAUUCCACGAACACGCUACCGUGGGGACAUUUGCGGAUACCAUUGUAA